AUGCAAACUCUAUCACCAGGCAAUCCUCCUGUACCGUCUUAUAUUGAGGCCACCGUUGGUCAUUCCAUCACAGGCAACAAUAACAACAACAACAACAACCAUCACCAUUAUAGUCAGAAUUCCACAAACAAUCCAUUACCAGACAUAUAUGUUCAAACAGCUAUAACAAAUGAAGGAGAGUUAGAAGUUUAUCCUCUUUAUAGUAAUGAUUAUUGCAAUCAACUUAUCAAUGAUAAUCAUGCCAGUGACAAUGUAUCCGGGUCAAGUUUGAGGACUUUAUCCACUAACAAUAGUACUGCUACCUCUAGUAAUAAUAAUUUUACAGGUUUACAGCAAGAUCAUCAUCAUGAAGGAAGUCAAGAUGUCAAUGAGCAAAGACAAUUAAUGCAAUUAUGGGAUUCUCAUACCGAUAUCUCUGAUCGUCAUUCCACUUCAGUUUCCUCUGAUUCUCCAAUGGAUUUAUCUCAUUUGACAGAAACAAGAAUGGGCACCCAUGGUACCAUAAUCAGAUCAACAAAUGGAACUAAUGGAAGAGAAACAAGGUUAUUUAGUCCAAAUCAUCUUGGCUUACCCUCAUAUGCAGAAUCAAUGGUGGUUAGAACAAAGACAAUUUCUUCAAAUGGAUCAAGCGCAAUUACUACUGAUCAUAAUACAGAAAGACAAGAUGGAAGAGACAGAACAAUUGACGAAUCGAUAAUGAACGAGAAGAAAAACAAGAAGAAGAAUAAAGAGAAACGAAAUGAUAAAAAAAAUAUUCCUCCUUUAGCUUGUAUAAUACCGUACUCUAUUCCAAACUCGAAAAAUAAUAAUGAUGCAUAUAACAAUAAACAAGAGAAUAAUAAUAAUAAAAAUGGUAGAAGCGCAAUGAUGAUUCUAACCAGAACAGGUAGUUUAUCUGCAUCUAAUGGGAAUAAUAAUAGUAUAUUACCAAAUAAUGUAUCGACAAUUGAUUCUAAUGUGAUUUCUUCUCCCAUUGUGGAUUCUGUGGAACCUAGAUUUAUCGUAUCCUUAGAUAAAUUUCAAAAUUCUAAUUUCUUUCAUGAACAAUUAUGUGUGAAGGAAGAAGAAGAAGAAAAAAAAGAGGUGGAUCGAGAAAGGGUACUUAAGAACAAGACUAAAAAUAGCAAGGAUAACAAAAAAAGGACAAAAUCAUUGAGUUCACACAUUGGAAAUUUAUUUUCAUUCAAUAGUAAUAGUAACACCAACAACACAAUUCAAAAGAAGGAAAGAAGACAUUCAUCAUACCAUUUCUACUCAAGACGUAAAUCUAGUACAAGAAGAAGAAAAAAUAGUACUAGUAACGUUAGUGGUAACGGUGGCGGUAUGCAACAUAGUAUACUUGUUAGUGAUGAUAAUAGUAGUGAUGAUAUAGAAACUAUGAUAGCAAAAGAGGAAGAAAGACAAAAUAAUCCUUAUGGUAAUAAAUCCACAAAUUUAGAAUCAUUAAAACCGUCAAAGAUAUCAAAAAUUCAUCAUGGGUUUCAUAAGAAAUAUAUUGAAAUUAAUGAAUUAGGUAGUGGUGCCUCUGGGUCAGUGAAAUUGAUUCAAAGGAAAAAUGAUGAUUCUGUAGUCUAUGCAAUGAAACAGUUCCGUAAAAGGGUUAUCUCGAAGGAAACUAAACGGGAUUAUAUUCGUACUAUUACUUCAGAAUAUUGUAUUGGAAUCAAUUUAAAUCAUCCGAAUAUUAUUAAGACAUUAGAAUUGAUUUAUGAAAAUGAUGAUAAAACUGAUUGUUCUAAUGAAUUAAGAAUUUGUCAAAUCAUGGAAUAUUGUAGUUAUGAUCUUUUUGCCAUAACUAUGUCCGAUUAUGCAACUUAUGAUGAAAUUUGUUGUUAUUUCAAACAAUUAAUGAAUGGGGUAAAUUAUUUACAUAGUAUUGGAUUAUGUCAUCGAGAUUUGAAAUUAGAAAAUUGUGUCAUUAAUGAUUAUGGUAUUUUGAAAAUCAUUGAUUUUGGAGCAGCUGUUGUUUUCCAAUAUCCAUGUUCAAUGAAUUUAAUUGAAGCUAGUGGUAUCCUUGGUAGUGAUCCAUAUUUACCACCUGAAGUUUAUCAUUUCACACAUUAUGAUCCAAGACCUGUUGAUAUUUGGUCAUGCGCUAUCAUAUUUGUUUGUAUGGUUUUGAAGAAAUUCCCAUGGAAAAUCCCUAAAUUGACGGAUGAAUCAUUUAAGAUGUUUUGUAUGGGUAGGGAAUCAAAUUCAUUGAUUGAAUUAUUGACUAAACCUAAUCUAAGAGUCAAGAACAAGAAGAAUGGAUCAUCAUCUUUGUCGAAUGAUUCCGAUACCUCAUCAGUGGAAUUGGAAUCCUAUAUCGAAGAUGAAACGUAUUCAAUUGAUGAUAAUAAUGUUCAUAUUGGUAAAUUAAGAGUGUUGCAUGCUAUUCCUGAAGAAUGUCAACCUAUGAUAGGUAAGAUGUUAGAAUUAGCACCCACAAGGCGUGCAACAUUACGUGAAAUUCUAGAAGAUUCAUGGAUUGAAACUAUAGAUAUGUGUCAUUUGUUAAAUGAAGAAGAAAUUGAAGAAUGUAAGUUCAAUGAUCUAAAUGACAAAGAUGGUGAUAUGAAAUAUAAAUUUAUUUAUGUGGGAGAAUCACAUAAUCAUACAAAAGUGCAACCGGAGAAGGCACAUAUUAACGGAUUUUUACGAAAGGAUGAAAAGGAGCAAAAUACGAAGGAGGAAGAAGAUGAUGCAAUCCAAGAAGAAGGCGAACAAUAUGAAGGAUCUGAUGUUGAAGUACAUUCGUUAUAUUCUUUCUCCUCCUACUAA